GCGUGUAAGACGGACAUAAAUCGUCAACCUGCCUGCAGAGCAGAGAACAAACAGAAUCGUCGAUCAAUUGGGAAAACGGAGCCAAGCUGUUCCGUAUGAAAAUAGCGAAAAUAGUAACUAUUGGUUGAUGUGAAAUAACUGAGCCAGGAUGUACAACGGCAUUGGUCUAACAACGGCGCGAGGUAGCGGUACAAAUGGCUUUGUUACCCGUAACUUCGCUUUGGUGCGUAACCACAAGGAGCAUGUGAACUACAAGACCGAGGAGGAGAUCAAAAAGAUGGACGCAUUGAUGAAUCGUAAAGGCAACAUUGAGAUAUUAAACCACGAGAAAAAAAGGAAAGUGGAAUUGAAGUGUAUUGAGAUGCAAGAAAUCAUGCAAGAACAAGGAUACACUGAGGAAGAAAUUAAUCAAAAAGUGAAUGCAUUUCGAAAACUGCUUGUUGAAAAAGAAGGUGUGCCAGAGAGCAAUGAUUCUAGUAAUCGGUCACAUAUAAUGGAAACACACCAGCUGGCAGAAGCAAAGGAGAAACAGAAUGCAAAGCUGAGAGAAGCAUUUGGAAUUGGUGAUAAUUAUGUGGAUGGCAGCUCAUUUGACCCUGAUAGAAAGGCUAAAGAGGCAGCUGCCAAAGAAAAACAAAAAGAAUAUGAAAUUUUGGAAGAUCCAGAUGAUGAGGAAGAAGAAAGAACCUCCUCAAAACGAAAGAAGAAGAAAUCACACAGUCACAGUCGCAAAAGGAGAAAGCGUUCUAAACGGGAGAGAUCGGAUAGUGAAUCACCCGUAAGAAAAGAAAGAAAGAAAUCACAUAAGAAAAAGAAGGACAGGACUGAGAGUUCUACACACAAAAGUAAAAAACAUAAAUCUCACAGAAGUAGAAAGCAUAAGAGCCAUAGGAGAAAGCAUUACAAAGAUGAAGAUUUAGAAUCAGACUCUGCUGCUGAUUCGGCUGACGAUGCAGACCAUGCUUCCGAUCAUCAGAAAUCCCAGUCAUCCAAGAAAUCACAUAGAAAAGAUUAUGACAGCGACUAUGAUAAAUCAAGCGAGAGAAGAAAGAAGCACAAGUCCCGAAUGCCAGCAUCUGAUUACUCUUCUGAGUCUAGCAGGUCACGUAGCCGUAGUCCCACACCCCGUAAAAAACACAGGUCACGUGGACAUUCAGAAAGCCCCAGCAGGCGAUCCAAGUCACGGAGCUUCUCUCAUUCUAGAAGCAAUAGCCCAACAUAUCGCCGCUCAAGAUCAUACUCACAAGAAAAAGAUAAACGAAAGCGUUCCCGAAGUAAUAGCCAAGAGAACGGCAAACAGUGGUCCCCAAUCCGCAAACGCAGAGAUUCUCCAAGCUUUUUAGAUGCCCGAAGAAUAACUAGUGCAAGAAAACGUCCAAUACCGUAUACACGAUCAGCCACAAGCCCCUCAGCCUCAGACAGUUCUUACUAUUCCUACACCAGUCGCUCACGGAGCAGGACGCCAUCACGCACACGGUUCAGUCGAAGCUGGAGUCGAGACAGCAAUAGGAGUCACCGGCAUUGACAGCGGCUGUUGAUGUAUAUUUAAUUUGGCCAUCCUUUGUGCAAGCGGAAAACUAAUAUAGCUGCAAUUAUGGACGUCAUUCACUUUGCUUGCGUAUUUCUCGUUAGAGGCAUCAAUCAAUCUGAUGAAUAUUUGUGUUCUCUUUAAUUGGGUUUUGUGUAAGUUUUUUGUCUGAAAUUUAAAGAUGAGAUCUUAAGUCCAGAUGAAAAUUUAGUGUAUUAAGACAAUUAUUUCUCCGCAGAUCUAAUGUAAAAUUCUCACUUAAAUUUGCAUUCAAUGUAAAUUAUGUAAGUAGUUCAAGAAACGUACUAUUAUAUUGUAUACAAAUCCGCAAGCAAGUUGAAUGGCACUCCAUGAGAAUGUUUCCAGCCUGGCUGACUGUGUGUGUAUGUUUAUGUCCUGUAAAUAAUCAACGUGGCCCAACAUGGGCACUAUUUAUUACCAUUCUGUGUGCAAUUAUUAGGUUUCUCCACUCUAGUUGUUACAGACCCUUAAAUGUCUUUUAGAAAAGUUUCUUGCAGAUUUUAUCCACAUAAGUAUAAGUCAAUUUGUAGUUGGAACUGUGCAUGCUCAUAUCAAAGUCAAUCCGCAUAAAACAAACAUACACAUAACAUUGGUUUAUGUCAGUUGUGCUUUGAUAUGGGCAUGUGCAGUUAAAACUACAAAUUGGCUUAUUUUUUUACAGACUACAACAUAUCUCUUAAAUGAGAGUUUAACUAGCAUUCCUUACAAGUUGAUGUAAUUAUUGUUGAGCCUUUUGAGCAAUUAUCCUUCCUAUGUGUUAAAAGUGUAAAUAUCCUGAGCUGGUCAUCCUUUAAUUGGCUGUUGUGCAGGGCAUAGCAAUGUUUAUAUCUAGAUUUGGCUGCUGACUGUUAAAAUGUAAUGUGUGCACUACUAAAGUAUGAGCUACUAAAGUGUUCAAGAAGUGCACUAGAAAAAUCUGGGUUUUGUUCCAUUACACUUAAAAUGCUGUCUACGGGUAAUGGUGGAAUGGAAAAAAAAUAAUGCAGUAUUGAUGCUCAUCAUCCAUAUCAUCUUCAAUUAAAUGACCUGAUUAACUUUUGACCUUUUAACAAUUUAAGAUAGUGUAACUACCCACUCAUGACUUUGGCUCUGUGUUUUUAUAAGUUAAAUACUUUUUUGGAUGUAUAUAUUUUCUGUUCCAAGUCUUCACAAAUAAUACUUAUAGGAGAAUUAGCCAUGUAUGAUGAUAAAUACCAGUAUGUUUUAAACAAUUGACCCAUUAUUUUUAUUCUGACAUCCUUGAUUUCUAUUGUGUUUCACCACAAUGUCUUAGCAAACACAAUAGUGGUUCUGACUAUUCUGGCGAAUAUUAAGUGCAUCUUAAUUAAAUCGGUGGCAGAUGCAAAUGUAAUUAUAAUGUUUAAUAAGUGAAUAAAUGAAUUUUAUGUCAUUACACAAAA